CUCGCUUUCUCUGGGCAUAACAUUGCUCUGAUCAAGUUAGCAUCGGACACAAUGAACGUCUUAACACCCUAUCAAUGCCAAUUCCAGCCUCUUCCUAGUGAGCCACCACCACCGUAUACUCCCUCACCACCCUCGUAUACACCACGAGCGUCACAUCACCACAACAAUCACAGACAUAUUCCCCCAACGGUGACUCCUCACUUCCUCUGCUCCAGCAAUCCACCUUCACAUCUCUCCGACUCCACCAUCGCCAGAUACGGCGUUUAUCUCACCACGCUGCACCACAGCGCCACCGGCACCACCCACCUCUACCGACUCUGUCCACGCGUCCCUACCAACAGCAAACCCGGACUCUUCGCAGUCAAAAUCAUCUCCUCAUCCUCUCCACCCCUUGCACUCCCUCUCCUGCCCAAGUUCAACACGCUCAACAGCACCCACCCCAACGUCCUCCUCCCAUUCCUCCCCCCAAUCAUCGACGAUGCGGGAAACCACCACCUGAUAACCCCCUACUGCGCCGGAGGCACUCUCCAUAAUCUAGUUCACACCACUACGCGACUGGCCCCCGAAGAAGCCAACUGCUUCUUCAAGCAACUUCUCCAAGGAGUAGCGUAUCUUCACAAACACCCUCCGUUCCACAACCCCCACCACGACCCCCUGGAGACGAGCUUAGAUCUCACACCAGAGUCCAUCCUCCUCACUGGAGAGGGCGCCAUACAAAUCAAAGUCCGUCUCCCCUUGUCGUCUGAAAGGACUCAUCCUCCUGCGGGCAGGAGGAGCCCAUACUACGCGCCAGAGGCAUUGUACAGCCUCCCCCACGAGAGCAACACUAGGGCCAUCACCAUCGACCUCAACCCCAAAGCCAUCGACACCUGGGCCCUCGGCAUCAUAUACCUAUUCAUGCGCACCGGCCAUCCAGCCUGGAGCGUGGCCAGUGCGGAAAGGGAUCGGACCUAUGCGCAGUACCUGCGGGAACGGACGCAAGAAGGGGGUUUCACAGUGAUAGAAGGACUAGGAACAGAACCCUGCCGCAACGUCAUUUACGCUAUGCUCGACCCCAAGCCUUCUCGUCGGUUAACGGUCCAUCAGGCCUUGCGCUCGGAGUGGAUGUAUGGCGCUGAGAUUUGUGAUGCGGGGGGAAUGAAAGGGUAGAGUUACCGCUUGUCUGGAGUGGUUAAUGUGAGAGAUUGUAGUAUGUAGAUGUAGGAAGAGAAGAUAGGAGACACACACACACACACACAUGCACCUAUCUCCGCUUUCAGACCUCAGUAUCAACCUACCAUACACAUAUCUCAAGAC